AUGUCGGAUGAAAAGAGAUCGCCAUCCCCGGCCCCCGAGGCGGCCCAUCAUGACGGCCAUCUCCGGCGACCUUCCGGCUGGAAGUACAAGGGCUUCCGCCUCUUCGGCCAGGAGCAUUGGUAUGCGUCGCCCAGCGUGCAGCUUUUCAUGGUUUCUAUGGUGUGCUUCCUCUGCCCCGGUAUGUUCAACGCCCUCGGUGGCAUGGGAGGUAUGGGUCUGAAGGACACCACGGCCGCCGCCCAGGCCAACACCGCCCUGUACAGCACCUUCGCUGUUGUCGCCUUCUUCGCCGGUACCAUCGCCAACCGACUCGGUCUCCGUCUUACCCUCACUCUUGGAGGUAUCGGCUACUGUGUUUACGUUGCGUCUUUCUUCUCUUACGCCCACAAUGAGAACACCGGCUUUGUCAUCUUCGCUGGUGCUCUUCUUGGUGUUUGCGCUGGUAUGCUUUGGACUGCCCAGGGUGCUAUUAUGAUGUCCUAUCCUUCCGAGGAGAGAAAGGGACGUUAUAUCUCUGCCUUCUGGAUGAUCUUCAACUUUGGUGCUGUCAUUGGUUCCUUGAUCCCUCUCGGCCAAAAUGUGCAAAACAAGGGCGGAAACGUCACCGAUGGCACCUAUGCCGGUUUCAUUGUCCUCACCUUCCUUGGCGCCAUCUUGUCCAUGGGGCUUACCAAUGCGAACAACAUUAUCCGCCGAGACGGCACCAAGGUUAUUCUGAUGAAGAAUCCCUCCUGGAAGACCGAGUUCAUCGGACUUUGGGAGACCGUCGUUGAUGACCCGUGGGUCGUCCUUCUCUUCCCGCUCUUCUGGAGCUCCAACACCUUCUACACCUACCAGCUCAACAUCAUGAACGGCGUCUACUUUACCACUCGUACCCGAGCCCUGAACAGCGUCCUCUACUGGUCUGCCCAGAUUAUCGGCGCUCUCCUCUGGGGUUACUGCCUCGACUUCCCCAAAAUCCGACGCUCCCUUCGAGCUAAGAUUGCCUUUGGCAUUUUGACUGCCUUGACCUUUGGAAUCUGGGGCGGUGGCUGGGCCUGGCAGAAGGACCAGGCUCUCCGUGGGGAAACUGAAGGCCACGAGAUCGAUUGGACUGACGGCAGCAAGUUCCUCGCUCCCAUGUUCUUGUACUUCUUCUACGGUUUCUACGAUGCCGUGUGGCAGACUAGCAUCUACUGGUACAUGGGAGCUCUGUCCAAUUCUGGACGCAAGUCCGCCAACUAUGCCGGCCUCUACAAGAGUUUCCAGAGUGCCGCCGCUGCCGUUUGGUGGGACCUUGACCGCCGCAAGGUCGCCUUCAACUCCAUCUUCGCCGCUACGUGGGCUGCGCUUGGUGCCGGUCUUUUGUUCGCCAUCCCCGUCGUUUGGCUCCGAAUUAAGGAUACGGUGCCGGUCGAGGAUGAUCUCAAGUUCACGGACGCUACCCUCGAGGAUGCAGGUGUCAUCACUGGCAAGGAGAAGGAGGACGCUUAA